AUGAGUGGAUAUUACCGGACUGGUUCCGAGAACCAUUCAACCCAAAACAUGCAUCAAACCCAAGACCAGGGUAACGUUUACCCUGAUCCGCAAACAUACAAUCCUCAGCCCUAUGUCAGUCAAGCAUCUCCUGAACCUCCUCGGAAUGCGUUCGACGACGCAUUCGACGAUUAUUAUGGCACGAACUUGCGACCAGCUGUACGGCAGCAAAUUUCACUAGUUUUGAAUGCCCCAGCCCAGACUUCUCUCCGUGAGACGCUGUUCGUCGGUGUUCCUGACAGGACAACAUUGACACAAGCACAUCCCAACCCCCAACUAUACUGCACUCCGGCUGAACUAUUUGUCCUUUCGCGCGUCCUGGAACGUGUCAACAACCGACAGAGCAACCAGGUAUUCACGCCCCAGAGUCUGCAGCCGGAAGAGAUCUACAACGCCAUAAUCGGCGAAUCGACCGAUGAUGAAUGUGAGUAUAUCCUAAGGACUGACGGUGAACCGUGGUCGUCCCCGCUUAACCGCUCACAUGACAUUCAGGGCUUCCAGAACCAGCAACUCCCUCAAGUUCAGAGCGAGACCUUACCUCAGCAACAGCCUCCAACUGCUCAAUCAAGCUUGAGCAAAUGCCAGCGAGAUAUUAUGGUGAAGAUUGUGCGCCGCUACAACAAAGCUCAUCGCGACUGUCCUCUCGAGCUCGAACAUAUGACACUACAGCUUUGCGAUCAGCUAUACCAACAACAGGCUACCGCAAGGGAGAGGCAAUUGAUGGAGCAGGAGAUACAACGACUCGCCGGUCAACCGGAAGUCAGCGAGCUUGGACUCCAGGCCGAACCCGAACCCGCACCCGCACCCGCACCCGCACCCGGACCUGAACCUGAACCUGAACCUGAACCUCCCAAGCCAGUUGUCCCUUUCGUAACGGCCACUAAUGCCAACAUGAAGGAUCUGCUAGACGAUCCGAAACACGCCCGACCAGACCGACGCAGGGCUUGUGCACCAUGCCGGAUUGAAAAACGAUCCCCUUGUGAUUACCUUGAGCAGCGAAAAAAAGGCCUGCCAUGUUCACUGUGUUUAGAACGAGAUGGCAAAGGUCUCUGUCCUCCAUACAAUUCUGGACUGUUUUGCCACAGAGAUACACCCCAGGCAUACAUCGACUGGAAGACAGCACGUUUCGAGAGCAAAACCCCAGGACGAUCAAAACCAGUCGAGGAUGGCCACUUGGCUAGGCUGGUCAAACGCCAGAACCAGAAGGAUCGAGAGGUGCGAAGCAAGAUCGAACGUACCUACCACAAAGACGCACUUGACAACGAGAAAGGACCUCCUUCGGACGAUGAAGGAGGCAACUCCCUGUGGAUCGGACCCUAG